CGUAACAUCACAGAUGUUGAGUCCCGAGGUAAGUAACUCGUACGAGUUGCUCAAAGCAUCCCUCCUCAGGAGAAACGUUCUCACGGACCGACAACGUCUAGAUGAAUUAUUUCGUAACAUCGAGUUAGGAGAUCAGUCAGCCGUGAGCAUGCUGACAAGAAUGAAAGAAAUUGUUGGCCAAAGUCAGUUCGACGAAGGACUGUUUAGAGAACUCUUCUUAACCAAGCUGCCACAGUCUGUACAGACCGUACUUGUGACACUUCAGGGUACUGUAAUAGAGGACUUAGCUAUUACUGCAGAUAGGAUUCUAGAGAUUACCAAACGGUCUGUUCCCGAAAUAUGCUCGAUGACUAAGCAGACUUCGAGUAAGGAUCCUGCAAUGAUAGAGUUAUGCAACUCCAUCCAGCAGAUGUUUAGGUCAAACAUGCCUUCUAAAUCCUCCGACCGUCGUCCUAAAUCUCCUCAACGCAGGAACUCACGUGGUCGAUCUAAGUCCAAACCACGUUCACUGAAAAACCCUGACUGGUGCUGGUACCACAACACCUAUGGCCAAGAAGCGAAGUGUUGCCGUAAGCCUUGUAACUUCGGAAAUGUCUCAAAGUCUGUGGGAAACUAUCCCGCCGGCACGCGUUAGCGGCAACCGUCGCCGGUGGCACUAGCCGCCUACUUUACAUCCAUGAUGUGAUAAGCCAGACUCGAUAUUUAGUCGACACAGGCGCCGAAGUCAGCGUCCUUCCUGCUACAGCAGCAGAUCGACAGAAGGAACCUACCUUCAACUUACAGGCUGCAAAUGGAAAACCAAUCGCAACCUUUGGUAGGAAAUACGUCUAUCUGAACGUAGGUUUACGCAAACCUAUUCGGUGGAUUUUCCUUCUCGCUGACGUUACAAUGCCCAUCAUUGGCACGGACCUACUUAAUCAUCAUGAUUUACUCGUAGACGUCCGCCGAAAACGACUGAUUGACAAUACUACUAGUCUGUCUAUCAAAGGCAUCAGCUACAUAGGCCCUAGUUUGUCACCCGUUAAGAUAAAGGCAAUCCUUGAUCCAACUUUUCAACCUAUUGUUGACAAGUAUCCGGAACUUAAUUGCCCGUCGAACGACCUACCGUGCAUAACCAGCAAUGUUAUGCACCACAUCAUUACCACAGGACAACCUGUGACAUCUAAAGCACGACGAUUAGCUCCUGACAAACUGAGAAUCGCCAGGAAUGAAUUUGACCAUAUGCUUACCCUUGGCAUCAUUCGACCUUCGAAUAGCCCAUGGGCAUCCCCACUUCAUAUGGUUCCGAAAAAGGAUAGCAAUGAUUGGCGACCCACCGGUGAUUACCGGAGAGUGAAUGCCAAAACAACCCCUGAUUGCUACCCGUUGCCUCAUAUACACGACUUGACGGCAACCUUAUCCGGCGCGACUAUAUUCUCCAAAAUCGACUUGGUUAAAGCGUAUAACCAAAUCCCGAUGGCAACAGAAGAUAUCCCGAAAACGGCUAUCAUUACGCCUUUCGGACUUUUUGAAUUUCUACGUAUGCCAUUCGGUCUCCGGAAUGCAGCCCAAACAUUCCAACGCUUCAUUGACGAAGUAUUUCGCGGUCUCGACUUUGUAUACGCAUACUUAGACGACUGCCUCAUUGCCAGUCCAGACAAGGAAACUCACCUUAGGCACUUGGACUUGGCAUUUGACAGGUUACGCCAACAUGGUGUUACCAUUAAUAUUCAAAAGUGUCAAAUCGGUGUUGACUCACUCGACUUUCUGGGUCACACUAUUGACUGCAAGGGCAUUCGCCCACUGGCUACUAAGGUCGAGGCUAUACUGAAACCGGCUUACUUGGAGGGUAAUCCUAUUAGCAUAGAGCUCAACGUACCCCAAAAUCCACAAGUAACAGAAGAUCGUUUAGACAUCGAUGAAGUCACUAGCACAGCGACAGCUACCGAACCUUCUAUCGAGCCUCCCAAGAAAACCCGUUCUGGACGCACCGUAAGGUUCCCAGAAUAUCUUCACACUUAUUUAAUAUAACGAAGUCGUGUGAUUCACGCAACUCAUUCGUUUGUGGUACUGAUUAUUUUUUUUGACGUAUCAAUUUUUUUUAUAUACAGUACCACCGAACACAAAAUUUUUUUUCAACAGUUCAUGUAACAUACACAAAAAAAUUAAUUAGAUGUAUUUUUUUUGAUGUUCUGAACUUAGCAUUAUUUUACUGUAUAGUAAAUGCACAUCAUUUUUUUUAACCAAAAAGCUGAUUUGGUACAUUUUCCUCGACAUGGUUCUUAGCGUUCUUGUUUUCUUUUCCAGGUGCGACGGGCACUGGACAGGAAACAAACGAAGCACGAAAUCCAACGAACAAAAACAAGGAAGCUAUGUACAAACACCCUAUUAGCAUAGGCAGACAAACCAGUAGGCAUACGACCAAGCCGCUCGGAAGAUUUUUUUCACCCGAAAGGGAACCAUCGAGUUUUUUUACUUCCGGCUGGUUCUGUCUUAGGGUCCUCACGACCCCACUAGGGGGGGAGUGAGCUGUAGCGGUAAAUAAUUCCCCAAAAUUAUUGACCACAGCAAUCACUCAUUGGAUGCUGACCACCACUGUUUAAGUCGACUUGUUUAGCUGAAGGCUUCCGGUCAAGCAUCCCCGCCAUUUGGUACCCCGUCGUGUCACGUGCACGAUCACUAGCUAGCUAAGCGUUCGUCUGAAGGUUUGUUUUGGUCCCGAAAUAUAUCCGAAGUUUGGACGAUCAAUUAUUGGCUUUUGCUUCGUUUUCGGUACGCGAGAAUAAUUUAGAGGCGGUGUAAGAUAAUUCCGUCCAACCC